AUGCUUUGCAAGGUCUUUGUCACUGCUGCUAUUUUUUCUGCUGCUGUUGCAUCUGUGUUACCGUUGCCUAAACACCAUGCUCCUCAACUAUACAAGUUUGGAUACAAUAUAAAGGAUAAACAUGGGGAUCAAUACAGAGAGGAAGUUGGAGACGGAAUCAGUGGCGUGAAGGGCAGCUACGGAUUCUCUGAUGCAAGGGGCGUCCAUAGGCAGGUAGACUACGUUGCCGACCAUGCCGGAUUCAGGGCUCAAGUCAAGACCAAUGAACCCGGAACUGCCAAUCAAGACCCUGCUGCUGUCAAGAUGAUCUCUUCUUCUCCAUAUGCCGGACCUGAAGCCGGACUCUUGGGUGCCGGACUUGUGGGCGCACCUGCUGUCUUUGCUGCGCCAGGAUUCGUCGGCGUUAACGGAUUGGGAGCAUCAGGAAUCGCUGGCGUCAACGCAUUGGGAGCAUCAGGAAUCUCUACCGUCAACGGAUUGGGGGCACCAGGAAUCGUUGGCGUCAACGGAUUGGGAGCACCAGAAGUCGCUGGUUUCAACGGAUUUGGAGCACCAGGAAUCGUUGGCGUCAACGGAUUGGGAGCACCAGGAAUCGCUGGCGUCAUCGGAUGGGGAGCACCAGGAAUCGCUGGCGUCAACGGAUUGGGAGCACCAGGAAUCGCUGGCGUCAGCAGAUUUGGAGCAGAAGGAAUCCCUGAGCAUCAUGCACCCAAACCUUAUAAAUUCGGAUACAACAUAAAGGACAAACAUGGAGAUCAAUACAGAGAAGAAGUUGGAGACGGAGUCAGUGGCGUGAAGGGCAGCUACGGAUUUUCUGAUGCCAGGGGCGUCCACAGACGCGUUAAUUAUGUUGCCGACCAUGCCGGAUUCAGGGCUCAAGUCAAGACCAACGAGCCCGGAACAGCCAAUCAAGAUCCUGCUGCUGUCAAGAUCAUCUCCUCUGCCCCAUAUGCCGGACUUUUGGGUGCACCUGCUAUCUUAGCUGCACCAGGAAUUAUUGCCGCAAAUGGGUUGGGUCUUGGUUAUGAAGGGCUUCAAUAUAAUAGACUUGGUAAUGCUGGUGUUGGAUACGGUUUAAAUGAUGCACUUCUUCGAGGCGUAGGCUAUGCAAGAUAUGGUUUCUAA